UGAUUUGUCGAUUAAAACAUCACCAAUCAACAGCACUAUCCACGAAAACUUUGCAACUGAUGUGAAUCACAGGAAAUUGCAAAAAUAAAAUAGCUUACAACGAACGUUUUCUGCAGCAAAUCAAUUUUUUGUCUACAUUGUCUAGUGGAGUUCAGAUUGCCGCAGAGAUAGCACAAGUGUCCAAACGGCAGGCGAAGUGAAGAUAUUUGUGGCGUAGGACCUUGAAAAUGGUUUCAGUGUCAGCGACAGCCUCAUACAAUUGUAGUGAUUCACGGUUUAUGAUCAGUACAAAAGUCCAGCAUCGAGGCUUUCUAAUCCACAAAACAAUCGAAAACUAGUGAAGUUUUCAAUGCUUGUCAUAGUUUACAUUGGAAAAGGAAGAAUUUCAUGUGAACUUUAGUAAUUCGAAAGGUUACAACAACAAAAAGGCAAAGGAUUUUGCGGUACCAACAAUAGGGAUGCCCUGCGAGUCGUGCCAUGUACAAUUCACGGUAUUUCGCCGGAAGCGCAGCUGCGCGGAUUGCAAGCGAUUUUAUUGCAGUAAUUGCUUAUCGACGACCAAACGUCUCACAUCUAAAAAUGCUCAUAUAUCAUUGGGUGUGCAAUUGUGUAAGCGAUGUGUGAUUUUUGCCAAGCGUCCAUUGCUGCGCACUGAUUUGCUACAAUUGAAGCCAAAAGAUCUAAUAUUCUAUCUUCAAUCCAAACAUAUUUCAACGACGGGCUGUGUUGAAAAGGAUGAACUGGUAGGUUUAGUAUUGUCCCAUGUGCAUCAAGUUGACGCAGCUGCUGGUGAAUCGGAUAAUGGUAGCACCCGCAGCUAUCCUGAUCCAUCAUCAAACUCAUUUGAAGGAUUGAAACAGACGUGCCAAAACUUUUUCACUAGCAUUACUGAAAAUAUUAGUGAUACCCUUAAUACGUUCGACAAUAAAAGCACACCGAAGACAGGCGAAGAAACAAGGGAAGGGCCGCGCUCAGGGCGAGGUUCGACAGACAGUGCAGCGAUGCACAUUUUCGAUCAACCUAGAGUUUCAACACGGGAGAUACCCACAUACGCUAGUUAUCAACAGCAAAGCAAUAACAACCAUAACGUACAACAGUCAACGAUUACAACGACGCCAAAUACAACAACAUGGACAACACUUUCCACACCAAUAACAACAAUAUCAGCAACAACUGUAAAUGAAGUAUCGCCCACAUUCGUCAGUAGCACCACAUCAUCUGUAACCACUAAAGACAGCAGUCAAUCCUCUGUUAGUCCUGAAAUCAGUAUUAGCUCACUUGAUCGUGCCGAGGCGGAAGAGCAUCCACUGGCUUCGACUUCGAAUAGCCAACGCAUUGGGUUGACUCGACAGCAAGCGGGCGAACAAAAUUCCGACUGUGAAUGCUCCGAUGAUGAACUGAUAGCGACUUUCAGUGGCCGCUCUUUGGCACGUAAAUCCGAGGCUGACCUAGUAAAUAAAGAAACGCUUAAACCAGUCGAACCAGAUGAAUGCACAGGUAAUAAAUCCAGAGCAAGUACAGAUAUAAACUGCGCUGAAAUGUCUUCGCAAUCAUCAUUUGAAGAAUUGGGUGCGAUUGGUGGUAUAUCGGAUGAGAGUAAAGCUGCCACUGACACCAACAGCAGCAAUAUGGAGCAUUGGCAAAUCCUAGACAACGCGGCGCUUCAAACUCUCGGAAGCCCCGUUGCCGAACAGAGCUUAACGGUGGCGUGUGUUCCCGCUGCUCCGGCAGCAAGUACUAAUUUGCUCACUGAGGAAAAUUACUCAGAUCCACCAAAAGAUUUGCAGGUAGCGGUGCCAUUACUACGGCAGGAAGAGGCGUUGUCUCAGACACCGACUGCGCCGCAACGCUUAAAAAAAGUAACACGUCGUCGUUCGGAUAGUUACCUCAACAGACAGCGUCAGCGAGCGGCUAGCGAAGACGAUUCUCCAACGUGUAACCCUGCACGUAAAGCGCCAAUGACACUGGUUGAACAGGAUGCAGAGCAAGCCGAUAAUGCGGGCCAUUCAGAGGUGGGAGGAAAAGAUAUUAGUUUAAAAGGUGCUGGUAGCUGUCAACGUUGUGGUAAACAUAAGGCAACACUACGUAAACAAGUGGAAAAGAUGCGUCGUCAUUUGGAAAGUGCUCAAUUGUCGGAAGCAGAAAUUAAAAAAGAGCUUCAAAAUUUUCUUAGUUACCUCGAGCUGCGCACCAAGUCAAUGGAGUGCUCAGAUACGGAAACAGUGGGCUCGUCAUUGAGCGGUAGGAAUUUCGCACAAUCACCGGAAAGUCGACAAUCUCAAACACAACAAUUCAAUUUUUGGGAAGGGGCAAGUAUGCCACAUUGGGAAUAUCAGUUGGACGAUAAUGAGGGUAUUCAUGUAUAUGCGGGUUCACCGUCGGAAGGGGGCGAUUACAAUGGUCGGCCGUCACGCUUUAUUAAUCUGGAUGACUUCCAAAAUAUUAACGACCUUGAAGGUUUAUCAGUGAAGCAAUUGAAAGAGAUUUUAAUGCUAAAUCGGGUUGACUACAAAGGUUGCUGCGAGAAGCAAGAACUUCUUGAUCGUGUUCAACGUCUUUGGAAGAACCUCAAAUCGGCACCGGCUGUCGAUAAGUUGCCAACCGAUGAACUCUGCAAGAUUUGUAUGGAUGCGCCGAUAGAGUGUGUUAUACUUGAGUGUGGACACAUGGCUACUUGUACAAACUGUGGCAAAGUUCUUAGCGAAUGUCCUAUUUGUCGUCAAUAUAUUGUGCGGGUAGUAAGGUUCUUUCGAGCGUAAUUGCGUGUUGUGCAUAAGGGAAAAUGUAUAAUGAGCCAUACUUUAUCAUAAAAAGAGCUCUUGAAAUGCUGAUUUAGUCAUAAACCUACGCCAUGCGAAAAACAUUGUUUUAGGCUAAUUAAUUUCCCCUCGUAUUUACUUCAUUCGUAUUUUCAACUCUUAAGUGACCUAAUGCAGUUAUGGCGGUCAAUAGCAACAGCAAAUUGCAAAUAACAAAACUAUGCAAAGUAUGACGGCAGAAGAGGAUACUCCUCACUAUCCGCAGUUAAGUACUGCACACAACGGAUUCAAUUUCCUAGAAAUCGCUAGCUUAAGGUAGCAUAACAAAAGCAACAUUAUCUAAUUAUUGUUUUCGGAUUGUUAAAAUAGGAUUUUAAGUUUAAAACAUCAUUUGUGAAUGAAUUCUAUUUUAUGUUUACAUUUUUCAUUUACCUUGCCUUUUUAACUAAUCCAAAUAACAAUUGUUUUUUUUUUUAGUUUUGUGUUACGCUUGCAAAUGUGUGUUUUUUUACUAUUCGCUUUAUUUAUUUGCUCAGCAAUUAUACUUUUGAAUCCCCUAAGUGCAGUCCACAAUAAAAUAAGAGUCCUACCAUUAAAUGGCGGUGCACUCAUUGUGAUGUCAAAUAAUAUUAAUAUAUAUAACUUAACAUGAAUAUAUCCCAUCUCUACAUAUAUUUAGUUAGGACUUAAAACGUAGUCAGUCAGUAUCUUGUUAAUCGUAAUUUUUCCGCAAUGUUUAUGUACAAGUUUACAUAUGUAAUGAAUACGUAUUAGAGGGCUGCAUGAAUGCAUUCAAAACGGCUUUUGAAUUAUUCAUAUACAAAACGAAUGAUUGAUUUUGGCUUCACAUUUUUUUGAAUAU